AUGUACCGCAUGGAAUGUGUGCCUGGGGGCGGUGAGCAACCGAGACCCAGAGCCUCGCAGGUGAGUGUGGAGCAGAAAGGAAGCAGCCUCUGCCAGGAGGAGCCCUCGGGGGCCCGGCCGCUUCUUCUUCUUACCAUUCUGCCAAAUCCUCCCGCUCCCAUCUCCAUCCCACAUUCAGAGCACUUCGUUCUGUUCCCUUCUAGGCCCGCGCACCUGCUGGAGGUCCUGGGAGGAGGGUCGGGGUCUCACUGCUUGCCGCCCACAGGCUCGCACUCCCUGCGGUAUUUAGUAACCACGACAGCGUCUCGACCGGGUCUCCGAGAUUCCCACGUCUUCAUAGUUGCCUCUGUGGACCACGUGCCGUUCAUGCGCUUUGACAGUGAAGCAGAUACUCAGAGGAUCCAGGAGCGCGGGCCUUGGGUGAAGCAGAUGGGGCCCGAGUAUCUGGAGAUGGAAAAAAGAAAUAUGGAGAGAUAUUCACACAGGGCCCGAGAAAACCUGAGAUUCGCAAUCCAGGUCUAUAAUCAGAGCGAUAACGUCUCUCAUACUUUUCAGUGUUUAAUUGGUUGCGACAUGAGGCCAGACCAACUCCUCCUCCGUUCGCACUAUGAUCAUGCCUUUGAUGGUCGUGAUUACAUCAGCCUGAACGCAGACCUGAGAACUUGGACUGUGGCUGACACCACGGCUCAGAUCACCAGGCGACAGUGGGAGGCAGAUGGUGUUGCAGAGACCUUCAGCUUUUUCUUGGAGGUCUCCUGCGUUAAAUGGCUACUCAAGCACCUGGAGAUAGGGAAGGAGACUCUACAACGCUCAGAGCCCCCGAAGGCACAUGUAACCCAUCACCCUAGACCUGGAGGGUAUGUCACCCUGAGGUGCUGGGCCCUGAGUUUCUACCCUGCUGACAUCAUCCUGACCUGGCAGAGAGAUGGAGAGGAUCAGACCCAGGACAUGGACCUUGUGGAGACCAGGCCUGCAGGAGAUGGAACCUUCCAGAAGUGGGCAGCUGUGGUGGUACCUUCUGGGGAGGAGCAGAGAUACACAUGCCAUGUGCAGCAUGAGGGCCUGCCUGAGCCCCUCACCCUGAGAUGGAAGCCAUCUUCUUGGCCCACAAUUGGAGUGACUGUUGGUGUGGUUCUCCUUGGAGUUGUGGUCACUGUAGCUGUGGCUGCCAUUGUGAUGAUGAGGAAGAAAAGCACAGGUAGGGAGGGGAUUGGUGUCUGA